AUGUUACGUGUUAAACCGGAUGGACUAAGCGCAAAUGCAUUGUUACCUAGUAUUGAUUACCAGUCUAAAACCGCAUUAUUUGACACUUCCACUGAUAUUAUUGUUCAGCAGCUACGUGAUGAGCAGAAAAGAAAUGAUAAUUUGGAAGAUUUGAAUGAUAUGUUCAAAGAACAAACGGAAAUCGCUUUACAAACAAACCAUCGUUUGAAGGACGAUUUAAUGAAAGCCCAGGAAGCGUUAAAAAAGUUAAUUCAUGAGAGAGAAAUAGAGCAGUGCUUGAUACGACAGGAUAAGGAAAAAACCAGACGAACAAUGGAUAGACAGCACCAGAAUAUGCUAGAAUUAUGGAUUGCUUUCAAUGGGAUUCAGCGACAGGUACGAACUUUAAGAACGGAAACAGAAAAUGAUUUAGAUCGUCAACGAACUGAAUUUUUGCGCGCUGCAAAUAAUAUGGAAGCUGUCAUUCGUCAAACCGAAAUGAAGCGAAAAAGUGCUGUCUUGGAAGGAGCUAAAACUGAAGGUAUUGUGGACGAAUUAUUACGAAAACAUGAAGAUUUGGCUGUCCGAAAUAUUAAGUUAGAGCAUAGUCUGAGAGAUUCAAAUCGUCGGAUAUCAUGUAUGGAAAGCCUUAUCAAAAAAAUUACUCAAGAACGUGAUGCUGCUAAAGAUUCAGUGAAGAGAAUUCAAUCUAUACCUGAAUUAGAUGAAAUACGUGGUCGACGUGCCAGAUCUAUCAGUCCAGGUUUACCUUAAUA